GCAGCAACAGCGCAAGCUUCUUAGUUGAGCCAAAAGUUCAACUGAGUCCAUGUGCAUUGUCAUAGCACAGUUAAUGUCACUGACAGUAACAGCAGUUAAUAUUGGGAUACAGGCAAACAUACCAUCAAAACAGACCAUGACAUCAUUUCACGCAUCCUGUAGAAGUCUUCAGGUUUGGAUACAUACUUCUCUCUGGGUGAUUAAAGAAACAGCUUGAUUCAUCUCUAGGAAACACCCAGUGCCAAUAAAGAGGCUUCUUUGUAAUAGUCCUAGAAAUGAGAUCGCAUGAGAUAAGAUCAGACUGGAAUGAGAUAGGAUCGGUGAAGGAAAUGGUGCCAGAAUGAACAAUAAGGAAAACAAACAGGUGAAUUCAGUAGGUGUGGAAGUUACAGGGCCUGUUGGGCUGGUCCCUGCUCAGUGAGCUGUGGAGGAACGCGCCCAGGAGAAACCUUUCAUGCCCUCCAGGACCGCAGCCUGCCAGCAUAGCUUGCUGGCAUGACUUUAAUCUAGAAGGUGACAGCUACCCAUUAUGUGUACUUAGUAGGUCUGACGGUGUCCAGUGACUACAGAGCCUUUGCUGAAGAAGGAAAGGACUUCCCUGAGGCUGUCUGCAUGUGGAAACAACCUUCUUCUGCACAGAAAAUGGGCCGGAAAAUAUCACAUGAAGACAACCAGGAGAACAAGGUCGAAACUCUUGUUAUCUGUGAAGUCUUCAGCCAAGAUGUGGUCUAUGUAUCCCAAAGACUGAAAGACUACCUUGGGUUCAUUGAUCCUCAGAGCAAAUUCCAGCCAGCCCCAAACACUCUGAACGAGAUCUUUCUGGUCAACUUUAUCAGCUUCUGUGUGGAAAAGGGAGUGGAGGAACAUAUCACAACCAGCAAAAUGACCAAGCAGCAAUCCUCAUUGUUUGGUGUGGACGGGAUCUGGACUCUGUUGGGAGUUGACAAGCAAAUCAAACUUCAGAUCGCUGUGCAGGCUCUGCAGCUGACUGAGCUUUUCCAUAGCGAAAGCAGCCCCACCGAGGUGCUGGAUGACUGCUGCCAGGAAGCCACGCUGGCAGACGAGCAUUUCCAAAACAGGAGCAGGUUCAAGAAGCUGGCAGAGUUCUGCUGCCUGGUGGGAUGGGACUGCCUGGGCUUGUUCAUCGUGUUUGGUGUGCCAGGGAAGCCCAAGGACAUCCGCAGAGUCAUGCUAGACAGCAUUGCCAAGGAGAAGCAAAAAUGCCGCCUGUUGGGCAGGAAUGCUCUAAGGCAAUUUGUCAUGAGUACUGACAGCUUCCUGUCCACAAAAGAGAUGUUGGAAAACUGCCUCAGCGCAAGAAACAGACUGAAGGAGGUGGGCGAUGUGUACAUAAACUUUCUGUAAACCUUGUGUUAACAGUAGCAGCUCUGCAUGCCUGAAGCAAAGGCUGUGUGGGCUGAGCUCGCCUCAUUUCCCAUCUUGCACGCCAUUCCUCCACCCCCUUAUUUUUCACUUUCCCCCUCCACCCAGCACAUUCCUGUAGAUCCUGCAGUAGCCAAAGCUGAUUCAGUCUCUCCAGGUUUUAAAACAACAGGAUGUACCUGCCAGAAAAUGUGUUUAUAGAAGGCUCGUAAUUUUGCCAGAACAUUCCGUUCGCCAACUGUCAAGUAUUGGCUGAGGCCGAUGAAAACUUUAUUGCCUGGAGCCUUGGGAGGUCUUAUUAGACUUGACUCAGCCUUUGUGCGCUGUGUCUAUAGAAAAGGCAGACUGUUUUUUAAACAGGAGGAUGAGUCUGUAAUAAGGAAAAUGUGUUAUUACUUGUCGUGAAAGUUGCAGUGAGUGUGGAGGACAACACAAGGACUCCAAAACACUGUUUUGGAGGAGUGGAGCUGGUUCUCAGUUAGGAGGAGGAGGAGGAAAAGCCCUUCCCUGGGAUAGAAAUAGGCUAUAUGAAGAAGCUAUUAAUCACCUGCCUGUUGGAAGUAAAUCAGUGCCAGGCUAUGGAUUCAGGGACAGGAGAGCCUCAGUGCUGUGAGCCACUGUGAAAUGCAUGGGCAGGGUUGGUCCCAGCUGCAAAUUCUGUUCUUGCUGAGCAGCUGUGUCAGGUCAAGGUGUGGCAAAAGGCAGUAGCAAUUGUUAAAGAAAACGUGGGAAAAUUAACAAAUGGGGACAAAGAUCCAUCACUGGGGGUGCUGAUGGAAGUCUUCGUCUUUCAAAGCUGCAGAGGUGAGCUCCUGACCACUCAUGGCAGCAAGCAGCAGUCUGGAAGGGGCAGAAGUAUUUUUGCUUUGUCUUUGUUUUCAGUAUCUUAGCAGCUAAUUGUAUUUAUGUACUGAUUUAUUCCAUUUUCCUCAGGUUUUACUUGACAGCACUUUGGGUUGCACAGUUGUAGUUACUUUCUUUCAGCUACUGUUAACCAGUGAAAGGAAGAAAUCAUCAAGUUUCAAACUCACAAACCCACUGUGUUUGUAGGCCACUGUGGCACUGUAGUGACCAACUUUUGUAUAUGUGAGUAGUUUUGUAAGCAUCACCCUCCUCUGCAUGUGGCUUUCCUUAUAAUUUAACAGAAUAAAAAUAAUUUCAACUAUCUUA